UUCCAGCUGAACCAGAGGGUGUGGAGCCUUGGCCUGUUCUGGGCGGUCCCUGAGGCAGAGCCCAGCAUUCUGUACCUGUGGCGCCGGGCGCCAGCCCCAGGCCGAGUGCGGAGAGCCUGGGUCAUCCCACCUAUCAGUGUGUCUGAGAACCACAAACGCCUCCCCUACCCCCUGGUGCAGAUCAAGUCCGACAAGCAGCAGCUAGGCAGCGUCAUCUACAGUAUCCAGGGGCCCGGUGUGGAUGAAGAGCCCCGAAACGUCUUCUCCAUCGACAAGUUCACUGGGAGGGUGUACCUCAACGCCACACUAGACCGUGAGAAGACAGAUCGCUUUAGGCUGAGGGCCUUUGCCCUGGACUUGGGUGGCUCUACCCUGGAGGACCCCACGGACCUGGAGAUCGUUGUGGUGGAUCAAAAUGACAACCGGCCAGCCUUCACACAGGAUGUAUUCAGAGGCCACAUCCUGGAGGGCGCCAUCCCAGGCACCCUGGUGGCCAAGGCCGAGGCCACGGACGCCGACGAUCCGGAGACAGACAACGCAGCGCUCAGGUUCUCCAUCCUGGACCAGGGUAGCCCUGAGUUCUUCAGCAUUGAUGAGCAUACUGGAGAGAUCCGCACGGUGCAAGUGGGGCUGGACCGUGAGGUGGCUGCCAUGUAUAACCUGACCCUGCAGGUGGCAGACAUGUCUGGAGAUGGCCUCACCGCCACAGCCUCGGCCAUCAUCGCCAUAGACGACAUCAACGACAAUGCCCCGGAGUUCACCAAGGAUGAGUUCUUCCUGGAGGCUGCGGAGGCUGUCAGCGGAGUGGACGUGGGGCGGCUCCAGGUGGAGGACCGCGACCUGCCUGGGUCCCCUAACUGGGUGGCCAGGUUCACCAUCCUGGAAGGCGAUCCAGAUGGACAGUUCAAGAUCUACACAGACCCCAAGACCAACGAAGGCGUGCUGUCCGUGGUCAAGCCCCUGGACUACGAAAGCCGAGAGCAAUACGAGCUCAGAGUGUCCGUGCAGAAUGAGGCUCCGCUGCAGGCAGCUGCCCCCCGGGCCCGGCGGGGCCAGACCAGAGUCAGUGUGUGGGUUCAGGACACCAAUGAGGCUCCAGUGUUUCCCAAGAACCCACUGAGGACAAGCAUAGCCGAAGGAGCCCCGCCAGGCACCUCUGUCGUCACCUUCUCUGCCAGAGACCCUGACACACAACAGCUGCAGAGAAUCAGCUACUCCAAGGACUACGACCCAGAAGACUGGCUGCAGGUAGAUGGGGCCACAGGCAGGAUUCAGACCCAGAGAGUGCUGAGCCCGGCUUCGCCCUUUCUGAAGGACGGCUGGUACAGGGCCAUCAUCCUAGCCCUGGACGAUGCCAUGCCCCCCAGCACAGCCACAGGCACCCUGUCCAUCGAGAUCUUGGAAGUGAACGACCAUGCCCCUGCGCUGGCCCCUCUUUCGUCGGGGAGCCUGUGCAGCGAACCAGACCAAGGCCCUGGCCUCCUCUUGGGUGCCACGGAUGAGGACCUGCCCCCACACGGCGCCCCCUUCCACUUCCAGCUGAACCCCAGGGUCCCAGAUCUCGGCCGGAACUGGAGCCUCAGCCAGAUUAACGUGAGCCAUGCCCGCUUGCGGCUCCGACAGCAGGUCUCGGAGGGCCUGCACCGCCUGAGCCUGCUGCUCCAGGACUCCGGGGAACCGCCCCAGCAGCGAGAACAAACGCUGAACGUCACGGUGUGUCGCUGCGGGUCUGAUGGCGCCUGCCUGCCCGGGGCCGCCGCACUGCUAGCGGGAGGUGUGGGCGUCAGCUUAGGCGCGUUAGUCCUCGUGCUGGCGAGCACCGUGGUCCUGCUCGUUCUCAUCCUGCUUGCUGCGCUCCGCACACGGUUCCGCAGGCAGUCGCGGGGCAAGAGUCUGUUGCAUGGGCUACAAGAGGACCUUCGGGACAACAUCCUUAACUACGAUGAGCAAGGAGGCGGGGAGGAGGACCAGGAUGCUUAUGACAUAAACCAGCUGCGCCACCCAGUGGAACCGAGGGCCACCAGCCGCUCUCUGGGCAGGCCACCCCUGCGCCGGGAUGCCCCCUUCAGCUGCAUGCCGCAGCCGCCUCGAGCGCUUCCUACCAGCCCGGCUGACAUUGCCAACUUCAUCAGUGAUGGCUUGGAGGCUGCGGACAGCGACCCCAGCGUGCCCCCCUACGACACCGCUCUCAUCUAUGACUACGAGGGAGAUGGCUCUGUGGCAGGGACACUGAGCUCCAUCCUGUCUAGCCUGGGAGAUGAGGACCAGGACUACGACUACCUCCGGGACUGGGGACCCCGCUUCGCCCGGCUGGCAGACAUGUAUGGGCAUCAGUGAGAGCCAGAGCCUCGGGCAGACUGCUGUCGAGACGUGGCGGCUUGGCCCAACCAAAGGGGCAUUCUUCUGGGACAUGCACCCAGAAGUACUGUGAGGGUCAACAGGAUGUCCCAUCCUCGGCUCCAUGGCAGAUAAUCUCACUGAGGUUCCUCUGCGGCUCCAGGGGAGGACUGAGUUGGGGGGUGGGAGAACCUGGAAUAGGCAGCGGGGGAGCACUCUCCUGCUGGGGAGGGAAGCCCUGCCAGGGAUACACUCCCAUCUUUGUCUCCCACCUUUGACUCUUGCUUCUGUACCAAAGCAGGCAGCUAAGGAGUGGAUUGGAAUUAAAAAAA